ACAAUGACAGCGACUGAUCUGUUUGUAUUUUAGUGUACGCAAAAAUUACCAACAAUGGCUAAAAGAUUUACAAAGCCUACAAUCAAUUGGGUUGAAUUCGAGAAAAGAGUGCCACCUGAACAGAAAGCUAAGUUUUUGGCUUUUAAGGCAAAAGCGGAUGUUUAUUUGAGACGGGUGCAAGCUAAUCCACCUGAACCACCAAAGAUCGAUUGGGACAUGUAUCAAAAAAUUGUACCAGUGUCAGGGCUCGUGGAUAAUUUCAAAACUGCGUACCAACAACUAAAAAUACCAUACCCAGCCGACUGUCUUUCGACUAAAGUUGACGAACAAUGGAAAACAUUGGAACCAGAGAUAAAGAAAUAUUGCGAUGAAAUGCAAAAAGAUAUUGAAGUAGCGAAAAAGGAAUUGAAUAGAUUGAACGCUCUGCCAAAGGUGGAGGACAUUACGUUAGAGAUGUAUUACGAUUUGUAUCCGAAGGAUGCUUUGGAUCCUAUUAAUCGUCCAACAAUGUGGCCUCACACUCCCGAGGAGCAGUUAGAUUACAAGCCACCCGAAAAGAAAGUAGAAGACCAAAAGAAAAAGUAAUUUAUGUCGAUCGAUAGAUUCAGUAAUAAGGUCAAUAUUAUGGGCAAAUAAAAGCACAGAUUUGCAAUAAAUAAUUAAAGGUA